CACACUUCUGCUCUGCUCUCCACACUCAAAACACAUUCCUCAAAAACAACAAAUGGAGUUCUCAAAGCUAGUAGUAUUCUUGGUUUUGGUUUUGACAACACCUGUGUUGGGCGCACCUGGGAACUCGAAUCUGUUCCGGGAAUACAUAGGUGCAGAGUUCAACAACGUUAAAUUCUCCGACGUGCCGGUAAACCCAAACGUGGAGUUUCACUUCAUUCUCUCCUUCGCCAUUGACUACACAACCUCUUCUUCCCCUUCUCCCACGAAUGGGAAGUUCAACGUUUUCUGGGACUCCGAAAAUCUCUCCCCGGCCCACGUCUCCGCCGUCAAAUCCCAAAACUCCAACGUGAAAGUGGCGGUGAGCUUAGGCGGCGACAGCGUCGGCGGCGGCAGCGCCUACUUCACCCCUUCUUCGAUCGAUUCGUGGGUCUCAAACGCCGUGUCUUCCCUCACCGACAUAAUCCAGCGCUACAACCUCGACGGGAUCGACAUCGACUACGAGCACUUCAAAUCCGACCCGCAGACGUUCGCGGAGUGCAUAGGGCGUUUGAUCACGAUCAUGAAGAAAAACAACGUGAUUUCCUUCGCGUCCAUCGCGCCGUACGCGGACGGUGAUGUCCAGAGCCACUAUCUUGCUCUGUGGAAAGGCUACGGCCACGCUAUAGACUACGUGAAUUUCCAAUUCUACGCGUACGAUGAGGGCACCACCGUGUCUCAGUUCAUGGACUAUUUCUCGACGCAGAGUGAUAACUACGGUGGUGGCAGAGUGUUGGCCAGCUUCAUCACCGGCGGGAGCGGCGGAUUGUCGCCGGAAAACGGGUUCUUUACCGCUUGCAGCAGGCUCAAGAGUGAGGGGAAACUCCAUGGGAUAUUUGUGUGGUGCGCUGAUGAUUCACAAUCAAAUGGGUUCAAGUACGAGAAGCAGUCCCAAGCUCUGCUAGCCAUUUCCCACUAGAAUUAUUAUAUUAUCGAUCUCUUCCCCCUAUAUAUAGUGUGUGUCUACUUUUCUUUUCCUGAUAUACUGUACUUGGAAUAUUUGUAAUAUUGUACUGGGUUUGAUAUUUUGCAGUUUAAUGUUUGGAUCUGAAACUUUAAAUAAAAACAGUCAUUAACCAUAAUGGGAAGGUUUUUAA